UAGAUGAAUACUUUGAGUAUGAAGCUGAGGAGUUCCUGGUCUCCUUGGCCUUGUUGAUCACUGAAGGUCGAACGCCUGAGUAUUCAAUCAAGGGCAGAACAGAGGGCUUUCAUUGCCCACCAGCACAAUCCAGUCAGCCACCAACAACUAAGCAUGAAUGCAGCGACAAAGUGGCUCAGUGUCGUCAAGCCAGGCGAACCAGAUCUGAGGUUAUGCUACUUUGGAAGAACAAUAUUCCAAUCAUGGUAGAAGUGAUGCUACUUCCAGACUGUUGCUAUAGUGAUGAAGGGCCCACCACUGAGGGGAAUGAUUUGAAUGAUCCUGCAAUCAAACAAGAUGCAUUGCUGUUAGAAAGGUGGAUUUUGGAACCAGUUCCUCGACAGAGUGGAGAUCGAUUUAUUGAAGAGAAGACGCUUUUAUUGGCUGUUCGCUCUUUUGUUUUCUUCUCUCAGCUAAGUGCGUGGCUGAGUGUUUCACAUGGUGCUGUUCCCCGAAACAUUCUGUACAGGGUGAGCGCUGCAGAUGUGAACCUGCAAUGGACAUUCUCCCAGACACCAACUGAGCAUGUCUUUCCUGUUCCUAAUGUUUCUCACAAUGUGGCCUUGAGAGUCAGCGUCCAGUCUUUGCCCAGACAAUCGAACUACCCAGUUUUGACCUGCAGUAUUCACACCAACCUGAGCUAUUACGAAAAGCAAAUGCAAGAGCAUAAGCUACAUCAGCGUGGCGAUUCCAGUGCAGCACAGCAAUGCAGUACCCCUAGUCCACAGCGCUUCUAUGGGAAACAGACGUGGACAAUGACACCUGAAGGCUUACUUAAUGGGAAAAAGACAACUGAAUUUACUACAUCUAUCAGAAAUUUAAAACUUUAUCCAUCUACCGGACUUGGAUCUGACUUUGGGGUGUCACGAUCUAAAGUUCACUGCUAUAAUGCUACAGUAGAUAAGAAACAGUCUCACGAAAGACCUGUCAGAACUUUUAAAUCCUUUUCUCUAGUUGAUUCUUGUGUUUCGAAUAGUCAUUCCUCUCAUCCGCCCACAGGAGAAACCAAUCCUUUGAUAGGGUCUUUACUUCAAGAGCGACAAGAAGUGAUAGCAAGGAUUGCCCAACACUUGAUUCAUUGUGAUCCAGCUACUUCUCAUGUUGCUGGACGUCCAUACAAAGUGCAGGAGACUAGCCCAGUUACUUCAAAAAUUUUCCGAAGUACAUAUGAAGAUGAAAAUUUGCUGAAGAAAGGCAAGGAACCAUCUUCUGUUUCUUUUGCUAAGUCUGAUUUUUCUUUGUUAGAAGACAGCAGUAAAUCAAGGGCAAAGACACCUGAUACUCCUGUCAGUCCUUCUAGGUUUGAUGGAGAGUCGAAGACUUCUGUCAAAGUCCAAGCAAGAAGAAAAUUGGUUUUAGCAAAACCCAGUGAGGCUGUCCGAAGCGCAUGUCAUCAGUCUUCAAACAAAACUUCUCAUGCAUUUACUAACAAUCACACAUCCUCAUCUUCAUGUAGUAAAGAAAAUAAAUCUGAGUUACCAGAAAAAUUGGAAAUGAUACAUUCUGGUUGCACACAGAAAGACCAGAUAACCAACAGAAUUAAGCAGUAUUCAGAUUUCAGCAGCAUUGAUGAACAGAUUUGCACAAAUAAACUUAAAGAAAGAACAGUUGUUAGUGAGAACAACGGCACGGACAGUUUUAACAAUUUACAGAUAGACAAAUGCAGAAUACUUGAAGGUACAAAAAAAGCAACUGUGUUGCAGGUAUCUGACUCUUCGCUCAAAAAUGAGCUCAAGUGUUUAGAUAAAGACUCAAAAUACCCAAAUAUUUAUGAGCAAAAUACUCAGCUCAUUAGUAUUGAAAAUUAUUUAAAUAAAGACCAUGACAGUUUCAAAAACAAAACCAAACAAGAUAAAACAAAAACUGCACAUGAUGAGAAUGAAGACCCAAUAGGCCUUGAUUUCCAGGGCACUUCUCAGAAGAAACCUACAGAAGAUGUAGUUAAAUGUGAGCGGACAAAGAACCCAGAUGUACAGAAAGCACCACCUCUAAAACACGCAAAUAUAUGGCGGAAACAUAAUUUUCGAUCCUUGGAUGGAACUUCAACCAAGGCUUUUCAUCCCAGAACUGGAUUGCCUCUGCUUUCAAGUCCUGUUCCUCAAAGGAAAACUCAGUCUGGGUGCUUUGAUCUGGAUUCAUCACUGCUGCAGUUGAAGUGUCUGUCUGGAAGAAGCCCACAACAAUGUAUAAACAGAGACAGUGAUCCAGAGAGCCAUGGAAAACCAUUUCUGAGUUCUAGUGCUCCACCAGUAACAAGUCUUAGCCUUCUGGGAAACUUUGAGGAAUCUGUCCUAAAUUUUCGUUUAGACCCACUCGGCGUCGUGGAGGGUUUCACAGCAGAAGUGGGAGCAAGUGGAAUCUUUUGUCCCACACACAUGACUCUGCCAGUUGAAGUGUCAUUCUACAGCGUUUCAGAUGAUAAUGCACCCUCUCCUUACAUGGGUGUGAUUACUUUAGAGUCCCUUGGUAAAAGGGGUUAUCGGGUACCGCCUUCAGGAACAAUACAAGUGACCUUAUUUAACCCUAACAAAACUGUGGUGAAGAUGUUUGUGGUGAUCUAUGACUUGAGAGAAAUGCCAGCUAAUCAUCAAACAUUCCUACGGCAGAGAACUUUUUCUGUUCCCGUCAGACGAGAAGUCAAGAGAAAUACCAAUAAAGAAAAUAGUCAGCAGACUGAAGAAAGGCUACUACGCUACCUCAUACAUCUGAGGUUCCAGAGUUCUAAAUCUGGAAAGAUCUACCUCCACAGAGAUGUAAGGCUCCUGUUCUCCCGGAAAUCCAUGGAAGUUGAUAGCGGCGCUGCAUAUGAACUCAAAUCCUACACUGAAUCUCCAACAAAUCCUCAGUUUUCACCAAGAUGCUAGCAAACAAUGGCAAACUAUAGUAUUUGUUUUACUGUUGAUUACUCCUUACAAGCGAAGAUCAGUAGAGACGACAGUAUAAAGUUAAGUCUGUAAAGGAAUGAAAAUAGCGCUCGAGAGAAGGUUCUUCUGUGAUCCUGGACCAGUUUUUAAAAGGUUUCUGGAAUGAGCUUUGUGUAUUCCAAGUAGACUGGAAACAUACUUAAAUCUAAUCUUUUUGUACUGUUUAAAACCACUUCAUUGGAUGUGUUGCAAUAGCAAAUUCCCAAGUUAGUUUAGUGUUUACACUUUUUAUUUUAUUUUUCAGUUAUUUAAUAUUUAAUGUUUCAUUUAAUACUCAAGUGAUGUUUGUCUUUAGUGUUCUAAUGUAGCAUAAAUCCUAUGUAAAGUCAUACUAUGUAUUUUUGGCAUUAAUAUUGAAAUCUGAAAUAUAUACAGAUGUCUUUAAUCUGUGUGAUGUUUUAAGUGAUAUUCAUUUAAGUUAUUGAAAGUGGGGACAACAGGUGAAUUUCCACAACAUUUCAUACUAUGCAAGCAUUUAGCUUUCUUCUUUUUUUUUUCCCCUCUUUAAUGGCACCUUUUUCCUUUUUUUCUUCAGAUGCAGAGUUAAUCUCACAAACACAGUGCAGAUUCUUUAUGUACUUACUCAUGCAUUCAGAUCAUUGGUUCAAUUCAUGUGUUUCUCCCUCAGUUUCUUUCUUUCCUUAAGGGCCACUUUAAUUUUGCUUUCUGUUAUUAGUUUUUCUCACAUAAAAUUCGUGCCCUCCCCCAUUUGAUUUCUCAGAUUGUGUUAAAGGAUGUACUGUACAAACAAAUUAGUAUUUAUACCUUAAAUAUAUGCAAAAGCUAUGAAACUUGUACUUUUUGUUUUAUUUUUAGAUGAGGAUCUUCAUGUAAUCCUAAGUAUUUUUAAUAGGUAAAUUGCAUUUAGGCCACUAGGUGGCCAUAAGUUUUACUAGAAAUGCUACAGUUGGCAUAUAAAUAUUUUCCAAUACAUAUGUGUAUUCCUAAAACAAAAGACAGUCAGAUAAACAGUUUAUGCUGAGUGUUAAACUGUGUAACUGAGAGAAAUAAAGCUAGAAGCAUUUGAUUACAA